AUGACACCAGUGUUGGUUACUGGCGCUGCCGGCCAAGUUGGAGGAGUAAGUGGCCGUGUUGUGGAACUACUCAGAGCCUCAGGUGUCCCAGUCCGUGCUCUAGUCCGCAGGAAUGAUGAGCGAGUUGCGCGCCUUCGAGAACUCGGAGCAGAAGUUGUGGUCGCCGAUCUCACGAAAUCGGAAGAGGUUUUCCCAGCUCUCCAGGGAUGUAGACGUGUUUUUUUCAACAUGAGUGUGUCUUCACAAUAUCUCGAGGCAUCUACGGUGAUGGCUGCGGCAGCGCGAGCCACCUCUGGAAUUGAAUUGCUCGUCAACAUGUCUCAGAUGACCGUUUCGGAGAUGGACCUCAUGCAUGUCACCGACUCCACCCAGCAUAGGCUUCAAUGGCUGAGCGAGCAGGUGCUCCAGUGGUCUGGGGUGCCUGUUACCCAUCUGCGUCCGACGGUGUUUCAAGAAAAUCCCCUUUUCUGGCGGUUUGCGGCCCAGUCCAUUGAAAAUUCAGGGACGAUACGUUUGCCAUUCGGACGUAGCCGCACGUCGCCGAUUUCUGCCAAUGAUGUUGCGGAAGUCGCGGCCAAGAUCCUACUUGAACCGUCGAAAUAUUCUGGCCGGGCAUUGGAGAUUACUGGCCCGCGUUCCGUUGACAUAUACGAUCUUGCGGAGGAGUAUUCCACUGCGUUAGGUCGUUCUAUCGACUACGUGGACGUUCCACUCGACACUUGGCAGGAGGAAGCCAUUAAAAAGGUUGGACUUCCGGACCACGUUCGUCAGCAUAUUCUAGUUAUGGUGGCACUCCAUGCCGCAGGGCGUUAUGAUCGAUGUACAGACUUGGUCGAACAGAUCCUUGGUCGACCAGCGGCGAGCCUUGCCGCAACUAUCACGGACGGCCGCAACAGUUUCUCUUAA